CGCGCGGAGCUCAACGGCGGCCCGUCUCUCCUUGAUAUUUCCUAAUUAUUUCAUUUAUUGCGGUCGUAUUGUGACUUGCGUGCCUCUUAUGGCGAGUAAAAAACUUAUAAGAGCGGGUGUGUCGCUGGAACUAUGCGAACGACUCAAGCGCCAUCACGUAGAGAGUUGUAAGGAUCUGCUGUCCCUCACACCGCUGGAAGUCAUGUGGAUGGUGGGGCUGAAUUAUCAGGAGGCCUUGCUGUUGCUGAAGUCAGUGAGCGGAAGAAUCGCGCCUUUAAUGACCACGGCCUUGGAGCUGUGGAGGAGAAACGCCGAAUUGUAUUUUUCCACGUCACUGCCUGCUGUUGAUAAACUACUUCGUGGAGGUCUACUCUGUGGGACAAUCACAGAGGUGACGGGGCCGUCUGGAUGUGGGAAGAGCCAGUUGUGCAUGAUGCUGAGUGUACUGGCCACUCUGCCUAAGAGCAUGGGCGGCCUGGACAAGGCUGUGAUCUACAUCGACACCGAGUCUGCUUUCUCAGCAGAGAGGUUAGUGGAGAUAGCGCGAAACAGGUUCCCAGAAUACUUCAGUUCCAAGGAGAGACUUCUGCAGAUGGCUGGACGUGUGCACCUCUUCAGGGAGCUCACCUGUCAGGACGUUCUCAACAGACUGGAGAAGCUGGAGGAGAACAUCAUCUCCAACAGAGCGGGUCUGGUGAUCCUGGACUCAGUGGCGUCGGUGAUCCGAAAAGAGUUUGACAUCAGCCUGCCCGGGAACCUUUGGAACCGCAACAUCAUGCUGGGACAGGAAGCGUCCACCCUCAAAUAUCUGGCGCACGGAUUCCACAUCCCCGUGGUCCUGACCAACCAGAUCACCACGCACAUGAGACACAGAGGUUCCGCGCCGUCUGGAGAGAAGGACUCCGAGAUUGUGACGGCAGCACUUGGGAACACGUGGAGCCACGCCGUCACCACGCGUCUCAUCGUCCAGUAUGCAGACCGGCACCAGAAACAGAUAGUUAUAGCCAAAUCACCCAUGGCUCCAUUCGCUGUGCUGAACUACACCAUCCAGAAAGAGGGCAUCUGCUUAAGUGGAGGCGACAACCAACACACCUUGUGCGAGGGUACAGAUCCAAGCCUCCAGCCGAUCAGGGUACAGACGGAAUUCGACGACAACCUGACCCAGUCUUCCCUCUCAGCCGAUUGGUCCCUGCUAUGACCCCCCGCAGGCGUCUGCUCAAACCCCCAAUCUCCCGUGGCAGUCUUCCUACCAACAUGUUUUAGCUGCAUGAGAGCCCAGAGGCCCUGGCACACAACGGCCGACUGUUGACACGGCCAUAUUACCA